UAUAGUGGUAGUGUAGUAGUGCCCAUCAGGCUAUCAGCCUAAUCCCGCAGUACCAGCAGGACUGGUGACGGUGUACGCACGCGUUGUUCCCUGGCUCCAAACAGAAACAAACAGAACAGCUAACUCAGCACAGGAUGUGCAGGAGUUAGUUAGGACAUUAAUUAAGGAUACAGACGCAGUAUAAGAGUACAGACCGCAACUACGAUUUGCUAGCGUUGUUUACCAACGGAACAUUUUUGUUGCGAUUGAAGUCCGUGAACAGGUUUUCGCGUUUGACGCACCGCGAGUAAGCCGGACGAGAUAACGUCUAUCCGCAUUACGCAGGUUACGGAUGCAGAGCGCGAUGGCAUACAGGGUCUACGUUAGUGGAAUUCUACUUCUUUACUUCACGACCGAAGCGCAGAUGGUUAUAUCCAGGCAGUCAGAAGAAAUAACCUGUUACACAUGUAAGCCAAAGGAGAAUAACGAUGAAUGUAACAAGAUUGCCAUAGACGUCCCUUGUCCGAAAGGCACAGAGUUCUGUCAGUCCAUGCAUAGGAUGGACGUGGAGACAGGAGCGAGUGUGUACAUGCACAAGUUCUGCGCCAAACCGAUCAACUGCACGGAGGAGACAGUCGGCUGCAAGGAAAUGGAUGCCGGUGGUUUGAAACUAGUGGAGUGCGUCUCGUGCUGCGAUGAGUCAUACUGCAACAGAUGGGCUCCAACCAACCACACCAAUGCCAUUCUGCAGUCAUCAAAUCCGGCAAAUUCAUCGCCAACGUUGACGUCACGGUCAUCGCUCUUCGUCCUGUUGCUAUGUUGUAUAUUGUCGUCUUUACAUACCUCUAUUCACUUACCGUGGAUAGGACAGUAGCUAGGCGCUUAGGGUAUGUUACAUACAACUCGCCUAUCAUGUUUUAUAACGAAUUUAUAAAAACGAAUAAUGUAUUUAUUAGUUACUUUCCACUACGAAAUAAGACGCGGUUAUGUCGGUAGUAGCAUUCUUUACUGUGUAUAUGAUUUUUUCUUAAUGGAUAUGUAAUUAAUGUAAAUUAUGAGAUGAUAUAGUUAACACAAACGUAUUAUUAUUAAUUUUUAUAUACGUAAUUUAACUUCGCCAUGACAUUUUAUUUGCUCAAAUGGAGUUCUGUUAAUACAUUGACAAACAUUCUAGUAGCAUUUUCUAUAUAAAGCUUGAGAUUAAUUGCUUUUAUCUAAUUAGCAUAUGACUUUCAUAAUUAUGUUGUAGAGGAAUACAGAGAAUGCAUGUAUAUCAUAUCAACAGUUUUAGCAUAAUUAUCAGUAGUAGUGUUUUAGACUUGACACUGAUGCCGUACGAUUAUAAAUAGCACAGUCGAUGCGAUGUGACUAAUUUCGAACAUGGCAUGAUACGGGAUGCUUGCGUUUUCAAUUGAUCUCCUUCACUGGACAGAGCAAUUAUCGUAAAUCGGCAUAGAGAAAAAAUGUUUCAAUGCUUCGCUAAUCAACGCGAACGAAAUUGCAGUGUAGGAGAAAAUUCACGCAAGAGAAAAUGUCGGAUUACUGGUAGUUGUCUCCUUUAGAACGUCGUAGAGUGUUAGCGUGUGUAUUGCACACGCGACCUCUGCUAGGAUUUCGUAUGUAAACAUCACGCUAGAGCAUAUCUGAUAGACAGACCAUGUCGAACACGUGUUUUGUUGUGCUUGCCUCUUUAUAUAUAAAUGCGGCUAAUCAUGUGUUGAAUUAUAUCAAGAGGCCAUAAUAGAGUGUCUCUAUUAUGGACUCUUGAUUAUAUUGUGGUAUAGCUGCUUUUACAUGCCAUUACGUACCCGGGACAGCAUAAUUAGUGUGAUAUACCCGACGCGUUCUAGGUGAAUUUGAAGGUAUGUAUUUGGCCGGAAAUAACACGAACAAAUCAAUGGCGCAUGUAAAUAGGCUUACAAUGUAAGAACCGGAUUAUCACUGAGGCAAUGCGAUUUUAUUUAUAAUGAUAUGGAUAAUAAUGCAUGACUUUCCUUGUAAGUGGAAUCCUUAUAUGUGACCAUGAGCCUUACGGAUUUUGUGUGAUCAUCAUAGAUAUUGCAAUCUAGAUAGAGAAAUCACCAACAGGCGUGUGGUUAUAGGCUGACUGUGCGGUAUAGUCUCUUAUGUUGCUUUGUAAAUAUUUCGCUGAAAUUUCUCUGUUGUAAAAACGAUAAUAUCUGUAUUGUAAAUAAAUCGAUUACUCUAAAUUUAAAGAGAA